CCCCGCUGGGGAAGACCAUCAGGGGGCUCGUCGGGUGUGGGGAGAUACUACGAGGGGGGACAGAACGACGUGCAUAGGUUUCAAGAAUUGGAUAGCGACGACGAGAAGGGUGGCGUUGUAUUAGAUCAGGCGUUUCAGCCGGCUUUGAACGGCAAGAGCAUCAAUCCGGAUGAGCUAUACUUUAAUGAUAUGGAUAUUAGAGCGUGGGAGGGCAGGGCAUCAGCUUUGGGUGAGGCAACAUACCAAGACCGUGGUCAGCAACAGCAUCAUGACGAGUAUCUUGGUAACAUGAGCAACAACUACAAUUCGGCCGAAUACGAGGAGAUACUUUUCCGACGAGUACUUGACAAGAUUCGCAUAUCAAGAGCAGCAGGCAGGGAAGACGUGGACCUCACUUCAGAAGAGCUAGACGCGUAUAAUUCACGAUUUCGCGGCCCAAGGACAGCAGCAGUUCGCCCUGAAGUCCCAUCUCGACCGAGCAGUGCUUACUACCCCAACGACUCCGCAAGUGGGGUUAGAGACGAUACGACUAGCAAGCACGGCAGUUCCUCCAGAUCGAAGAAAGACCAGAAGCGGAGUUCAAUCUUCGGAUCAAAAUCAAAGGAGAAGCCCAGCAGUCGCAAACGUACCUCUACCGUAUCGACCACAGAUAGCCAUGCACCGCCACCCGGCUUCGUCAUACCUGGCCCAGAUGGACAGUCUAUGUAUGCGCCCAUCAAUGCUUACCAGGGUAGCCUGGAACGGGAACGGGAACCUCCACGUCCAGCGUCCCGUUCCGCGUCUGAUAUUAGUCAUUACGUCCCUUCGCCAUCACACGCCAGUUUUUCUCGAGAAAUGCUCGGCGCUUUUCCAGAAUCUGUGGUUGAUUACCGUCCCACCACACCUCCACGGCAAGGUCGUUCUAUAUCAUCCCGACAGGCUGCAUACGAAGCCGAUCUCCAACACGGGUCACGCACAAGAUCGUCCUCUAUUCAAUCCGCUGGACUUGUUCCAUUCCCCGUAGAGCCCUACCAGUAUCACAACUUCAGUCCUACAUCCUCUGCAUCACCGACUUCGCCUCAACCCCAAUAUACACGGAGUGUAAGCUCGGCCGUGUCAGAAGCUAGCUACGCAUCAGUACCACGACGUGUUCCUGUCCCUGCUGCUGCACCGGCAUCACUUCAGCGAGUGGCACCUGCAGCGCGUAGCCAUGUCAGCCAGUCGGACCCAGCUUUGGCUGCGCAAGCAUCAAGCUCUGCUACUCCAGCUCAACCUCAGGAAGCUGCCAGAGGAAGUGGCCAUGGAGUUGAGAGACGGCGGAAGAGCGGUAAAAGUAGGAAGAAAGGUUGAAGCAUCUCGAUGUAGCUGUACAUGGUACAAAUCCCCCGCUCUCCAAUCUGACACUUCUGAUCCAAUUGAUUCUUGCUUUCGUAGACGUUGCAUACAAGAUACUGGCCUCGAAGACGGCCACGUAUGUAGUGGGCCCUUGAUACUUCUGUUGUACUGAUGAAUAUAUGUAUUGCUUGCUCCACUGAGGUGUGUUG